AUGUCUACGGCUAUGGAGAAGAACCUUACGGGCGCCGUCAAGCGCAUGCCUACGGUCAACACUGGCGAUGAGGCAGUGAAGACGAGCGAGGCUGCGCCUCGCUUCGCUCCCCGUCAGGCUAAGCCGUUCGAUCAGAAGGAACUAUUCCAGUACAAGGUUCCUGACUUCACCCCUCAGGACCUGCUCUCUGCGAUCCCUAGCCACUGCUUUGAGCGCUCGACUUUCAAAUCGAGCCUGUACCUUCUGGCGGACUUUGCCAUGGUCGCUGCUCUCGUGUACGCUGCGACCUGGAUUGACACGCUCUCCACCUACGUUCACUUCUCGACUUCCUUCGCCUCGGAGUCGGCAGUUCAGACCGCUGUUCGCUACACUCUGUGGACCCUGUACAGCUUUACCCAGGGCCUGGUCUUUACCGGUAUCUGGGUUAUCGCCCACGAGUGCGGCCAUCGUGCUUUCAGCCCCAGCAAGGAUGUGAACAACACGGUGGGCUGGUUCCUUCACUCUGCUCUCCUUGUGCCUUACCACUCGUGGCGCAUCUCGCAUGCCCGCCAUCAUGCUGGUACGGGCCACAUGACCCGCGACGAGGUCUUUGUUCCUCGCACGCGUGAGCACCAGGGUAAGCUUCCUCUGUGCCCUGCUGGUGACGACAAGACCAUGGAGAACGUGCAGGCCAACGCCUCGUUUGGCGAGCGCGUUGCUGAGCUUCUUGAAGAUGCGCCCCUCUUUAACUUUUUGGAGCUUCUUAUCCAGCAGCUGGUCGGCUGGCCCCUGUACCUCCUUUUCAACGUCUCAGGCCAGAUGCAUUUCCCUAAGGGCACUAAUCACUUCAACCCCGACUCGGUGAUUUUUGACAAGCGUCAUCGCGGCCAGGUCAUGGUGUCCAACCUAGGCAUCGGCCUCACUCUUUCCGCUCUCUGCGCCUGGGCCUACUUCUCGCCGGGCGGCUGGGAGGAGGUGGCCAAGUACUACAUUGUGCCCUACCUCUGGACCAACAACUGGCUGGUAAUGAUCACCUACCUGCAGCACACCGACCCUCUGGUGCCUCACUACGACGCCUCGGUGUGGACCUUCCCCCGUGGCGCUCUCUGCACGGUUGACCGCAACUGGCUCGGCCCUGUCGGCCCCUGGCUGCUGCACGGCAUCAGCGAGACGCACGUUGUGCACCACGUCUGCAGCAAGAUCCCUCACUACCACGCCUGGGAGGCCUCGCAGGCGCUUCAAAAGCGUAUUGGCGUGCACUACAUGAAAUCCAACGAAAACGUCCUCGUUUCGCUCUGGAAGACGAUCCGUGGAUGCCGCUUCGUGGAGAAGGAGCCUGUUGCUUUCUACCGUAAUUCUAACGGUGUUCCGAAGUCUACGGCGGUUUUCCCCUCGAAGGAGGACUCGGGUGUGUCUUACACCGAGUAA